AUGCGGGAAGACGACGAAAGGAUUGUACGAAAGAAGAAGGAAGAGGAGGACGCACAGAAGUAUGAGCAAAAUUAUAGGCAGCUUGGGAAUCAACAAAAAAGGUUAUUGGCUUAUGGGACCGAUAGAAACACUUCAACCCUUUCACUCAUCCCUCAAAAACUGUGA